CGAAUCUAAUCAGGCCUAUUUUGGUUACAACUAUUUUUCACAUGAACUGUAAUUGGUCAAGAAUUAGAGACCAAUUAACUCAUCAGCAUAGACAUGCUACACUAUGCUGAUGAACCCGUUGACUAAUAUCUUCUUAAAAAUCUUACGGUCCAAUGGAGAACCUACAUUAUAUUCUUCUCCUUCAGAGGAAAAACAAAACACGGCAUGGGUUGACUUAGAAUCGGUCAUAUAAAAUAAAAAUGAACAAGAAUGAUAAAGUAGAUAACGUGUGUCUUUUCCUUUCUAAUCGGAAACUUUUUUUAAUGGAGAAGUUUGGAAUUCAAAAGGCAGUCUCAUUUCUUCUUGUUCUGCUUCUCUUCAUCUGUUUCGCUUCAAGUCAAAACGAUGACGUUCAGGAUCAACACAUUCGGAUCCGGGUCGGAUUGGUUUUGAAUUUUGAUUCCGUGGAGGGGAAGACAGUGAGAAGCUCUGCUUCAACGGCGCUUUCCGAUUUUUACGCCAUCAACAGUGAUUACAAAACAAGAGUCUCUCUCUCAGUCAGAGACUCUCAAGGAAAGCCUCUACUCGCUCUUGCUUCUGCUGUAGAUCUGCUGCAAGCUGAAGGAGUGGAGGCGAUCAUCAUGGGCGGGAGUUCGUUGCUGGAGACGAAGCUGUUGGCGGAGAUUGGAGAGAGAGCUAGCGUUCCUGUGAUCUCACUUAACUCUCUGAUCUCACCGUCGUUGAGCAGAUACAGUCAUUUGAUCCAAGCGACGCAUGAUUUUGCAUCCGAGGCGAAGGGGAUCACAGCUUUUAUCCAUGGGUUUGGUUGGAAGAGUGUUGCUCUUGUUUACGAGGAGGAUGAUGAUGAUGACUGGAGAGAGAGUAUGCAACUCAUGGUGGAUCAUUUUUAUGAGAACGGCGUUGGUGUACAGUCCAAGGUUGGUUUUGCAAUGACUUCUAGCGAGGAAAUGGUUAUGGAUCGGUUAGGGAAGAUGAAGGACUUGGGGGCGAGUGUUUUUGUUGUGCACUCGUCUGAGGUUAUUGCUACUCGUCUCUUCGAAUGUGCUGAGAGAUUGGGUAUGAUGGGUGAAGGUUUUGCUUGGAUCCUCACUGCCAAAAGCAUGAGCAGUUUCCAUGGGAAAGAGGCAAUGGAGGGUGUGGUUGGGUUCAAGACUUAUGUUCCAAUGUCAAAAGAGCUUCAGAAUUUCACUUGGAGAUUGAGAAGUAAUGAAGAAGAUGUUUGGUCGGAGAAAGCUCGGUUGAGUACCUCUGGUGUAUGGGCUCAUGAUGUAGUUUGGGCAGUGGCGAGAGCCGCGGAAGUUGCUAGGGUGGAAAAUGCGUCAUCAACCCUCCUCGAGGCUAUCACUGAGUGUAGGUUUAAGGGUUUGAGUGGUGACUUUCGAGUGAAGGAUAAGAAGUUCUUGUCAGACAAGUUUGAGAUUGUGAAUUUGUUGGAAUCAGGUGAGAGGAGAAUAGGGUUCUGGAAUGGCAAUGGUAGUUUCAGCAGUAGAAGACAUUUUAACAAGUUGGAGACCAUAAUCUGGCCGGGUGGGUCUGCUCAAACUCCGAAAAUGCGCAGUCUAGGAGAAAGUAAAAGAAAAAAGCUGAGGGUUUUGGUUACAUCUAGCAACAGGUUCCCAAGACUGAUGAAGGUGGAGACUGAUCUAGCAACAAAUGUUACAACUGCGGAAGGGUUCUGUAUAGAAGUCUUCCGGGCUGCCAUUUCACCUUUCAACUAUGAAUUGGAGUUCAUCCCUUGGCGCAAUGGAAGUAACUACAACAGACUUGCAUAUGCACUUUAUAGUCAGAAAGAUAAAUAUGAUGCAGCUGUGGGAGAUAUUACAAUCACUGCCAAUAGAUCAAUGUAUGUUGAUUUUACGAUGCCAUUCACAGAGAUGGGUCUUGGAACUGUAGCACCAAAGGAGACAAGUAUGUGGGUGUUCUUCCAUCCUCUAAAACGAGACCUUUGGAUAACAAGUGCAGCUUUCUUUGUCUUGACGGGCACUAUAGUUUGGUUGAUAGAAAAACAUGAUAACAAAGAGUUCCAGGGUUCUUGGCCGAAACAGAUGGGAGUUAUAUUUUGGUUUGGCUUCUCUACCCUUGUUUAUGCCCAUAGGGAGAAACUACAACACAACUUAUCAAGAUUUGUAGUUACAGUUUGGGUAUUUGCAGUGCUCAUAUUAACUACAAGUUAUACUGCAACUUUGACAUCAAUGAUGACGGUGCAACAAAUACGAUUCAACUCUAAUAAAGAUUUUGUGGGCCAUCUUUCCGGCUCGCUCAUUGCAAAGAUGGCCCUAACUAGUCCCAGAUUCCGACCAACUAAUACCAAGGGUCUCAAUACUUCUACAGAUUAUGCUCAAGCCUUGUUGAAUAAUACUGUCUCAUUUAUUGUCGAUGAGUUGCCAUACCUUAAAGUCCUCCUCGGAGAGAAUCUUGGGAAGUUUCUUAUGGUCAAGGCACAAUGUAACACCAAUGGUUUCGGCUUUAUGUUUCAGAAGGGAGAUGAACUGGUGCCUCUUGUGUCCAGGGAAAUCUUGAACCUGAGGACGAGCGAUAGACUAAUCGAGAUGGAGAAACGAUGGUUUGAGAAUCAACUUCCAUACACAGCAGAUGAUACAUCAAAUCCUGUAACCCUUUAUAGAUUCCGUGGAUUGUUUAUGAUCACGGGAGUUUCUUUCGCUUUCGCUCUUGUGGUGCUUCUCAUUCUCUGGCUCCGAGACAAAUGGGAAGAUCUGAUGUGUUCGGUCAACAUAUUCCUCUCGCAACGACUUGUACAUUUUAGGAUCCUCUUCGCAAGAACUAUCCAUCCCAACACCCUUGAUAACGCCGAUGGCGAGAAUGCGGUUCAAAUAGCUCAACGUAACUGAAGAUAGGGACUGAUUCAAACAUAGCAAAACGUACAUUACCAUUUGUACUUAGCAUCAUAAUACAAGUAGAUGCUCAAGUUUUUUGGCGUGCUGUGCCCCGAGUCUCUAUAGCUUACACAAUUGUUGCGACGUUGUUGCUUUGACCUAGAAGCCUCACCAAACAAGCUUGCUGCCCCUUCGUCCUCCAGUGGUCCGUCAACUGCGAAAUGGUUCUUGAUUCAAAUCGGGUUGCGUCCAUGUGUUAGACCAAUCAUAUGUUGGGAAAAAAUAAUUUUUAAACAUACACAUUAUUUUUAUUUUAUUUGUAGCAAUAAUAAUGAUAAACUUCGAAAAAUAUUAUUAUAUUUAUUGAAUUCCUAUUAAUUUUAAAUUAUAGAAAAUAAAUAAUUACAUAAAAGGAAAUAACUAUAAGAAAGAUAUUAUUUUUUAGAAAAUGUAUCAAAAAUUUAAAAUAUUUAUUUUUGAAACAGAUGGAUUAAUGUGAUUAAACAGAGGGAGUAUGUGAUAAAUCAUGUAACUAGUGUCUUCUUGCAAAUGGUUUGGUUCUGCAAUGUAUAUAUAAAUUGGCUUUAUAUUGGGCUGACAAAAGCAAUGAGCCCAUAACCAUUUUCUGGAGAAAAGAAUAGAAAGCAAACCCUAAUCUCUUUACCCUCCGGUUACUAGUAUAAACUCUCCUCUUUCUCUUCUCUAACAACGCCUGUCAUCUCUCUCUAAUAAAUCCUUUAAAUUUUUGUUGUUUUAUUUUACAAAGUUUUCUAUCUUGUGUUAUUACAAGCAAGUUCAGCUUCUUUGGUUGGAUCAAAGACUGUCAUGAUCCAGUCAAUUUAUAAAAAAAUAUAACCUUGCAAAAUAGAAAUCGGCAGUAUCACUCGCCUGGAUCUGAUGAUAUUUCAUGAUUAUCCAGGCCCUUAAUCUACUGGCAAAUUUAU